UAGUGCUGGACAUCAAAGCUUACUAUUAUUUUUGUCACUGUUCGUGGCCCAUUAACUAGUGGAUCAGAGAAAUCAUUAAUUUUGUUGUUGACGUAUACUAGAAAGAAGGGAUCUGUUAAAGAUGCGAACUGACCCUGAGGUAACUAGAGAUGUAGUAUUUUAUACUCACAAAAAAUACGCCCUGGCCUGUGCCGCAGCAGCAGAUAUUGUAAUGAGCAGUGUCCGUGUAUCUGAUCGGACCCUUGUACAGAUUGUAGAAGAAUUUGAAUCUGAUGAAGAAGAAGUAAUAAGGUUUGCUUGUCGGGACAUCACGUCUACCACUAACAUACGGGAGCUGCUAAGUGAACUGAAUGACAGAUAUUCACAUCCAGUAGUAUUGGAAUUGUUGUGUCUACUGAAAAGGUUUGAUCUUAUCAAAAAGCAUUACAGGAUCACCAAACCAGAAGUAGAGAGGCUGUUGAAGAAACAACCCAGCUUCAUUUCAGAUUACAGGUCUUUUAUGGUAAAGCUCAAUGAGCAGAUUGAAGAGAAAGACUUGGAUUCCAUUGUGUUCCUAAUAAAAAAUGACGUGAGAAAUGGAGGAAAACUAAAAAACAAGACAUUCUUGUCUCUCAUAGUGGAGCUUGAGAAGAAUCAAUUAGUAACAGCAAGUAACUUAAAACUCUUAGAAAAUCUGUUCCAAACCAUUCACAGAGUCGACUUGAAAAAGAGGAUUCUUGAAUUCCAGCAGAAAGGUAAUGCAAAUAGUGGCGGUCCUUACAUCAAUGCCUAUGCUGCGUCACCCUCCGCGUAUAGUGGAUCCAUAUGUUCCCCUAUGAAUACACAGUUUGCAGGAAGCAGUAAAAACGGUGCAGCCCCUGUACAAGAAACCCUGUUACAGAUUGGAGACCAUGAUGACAGAUAUCCAGUCAGAAGGCAAACAAUGGGCUACUGUGUUAUCAUUGACUGUGUUGGGAAUGACGCUGAGAUGCUCCAGGCCUUAUUUAGAUCUCUAAAUUUUGUUGUUCAAUGUCAUUUCUAUAAAAAAGUUGAUGAAGUGGAAGAAAUUCUUCAAGAUGUGGCAAAUAUGGAACAGCACAGAAACCAUGAUAUUUUUGCCUGUGUUAUUAUUAGCCGGGGGAACGCGGAUUCUCUUUUCUGUGUAGAUGGAAAUCUGCCUGGUCUGUCUUUAGAUAGAAUUAGGAAUUUUUUCACUGGACAGUCUUGUCCAAACCUUAGAGGAAAACCAAAACUCUUCUUUAUUCAAAACUAUUUUGUCAGUAAUAUUGAGGCUCAUGAAGGAAGUACUAUAGAAGUGGACGGUCUUAGAGAUGAUGCUUCAAGUCGCAAUUGGAUUCAAGACCAUUCAAAAAUACCCGGUGAAGCAGACUUCUUUUGGAGUCAGUGUCAAGUGGAUGAGUUGGAACUGCAGAGGUCUUCGAGCUCUACUUCUUUAUUCCUUAGGUCUCUGCGGGAUUUGUUAUCUGAAAAGAAAAACAGGAAACAUCGGGAUUUACAAGAUAUUCACACAGAGCUCAUCCGUAUCAUCUAUGCAAAGAAAGCCGGAUACUCUUUGCAGCUGAGUCAUACGCUCACAAAAAAACUGUUUCUGUAUCCAGCAUGAAAAUAGCUUGUUUAUCACCCAUUUGCCAUCACCACAAAAGAAAUGAAAUAUGUGGUCUGAUUUAUUUAAAUAUUUAUUUAUUUAUUCAGCAGUCAAUAAAAUAAUAUAAAGAAAAAAGUAGUUGUUACAUAUCGAGCAUUCCCAUGACCAUUUCUGCACAGUAAUGUAUUGGUAAUUCAUGAUGUGAUCUGACAACCCGACUGAAAAAAAAGGUGCCAUCUAAGAUCAUAUACAUAGUUAACAGCUUGACUAAAAUGCUCUGGUUUCAGUAUCGCCUACUAAUUUGUCACUAGUGAUGGACGAACAUCUGCCGGGACGGUUCGCGAACCCGAUAAAAUGUUCGCGAACCACAAGUUCGCAGCGGGUCCCCAUCAUUUUAAUGGCAGAUGAACCUGAAAAACCUUCAGU